AUGGAUUUAUCCGCAAUAGUGAACCAAGAUGAGGGGCUGGUGCUACCACGCCGGUCCAGUUCCAAUGCACACUCGAUAGCCCAACCGAGUCCUGUAUCCGCAUCCUCGAAGCUACCAACGCCGACUUCCAGAGCAAUGCCGCUGAAGCGCAAGCGACACGAACCCAAACCGAUAUGGGCCUACCGAGAGGCCGAGGAGCUUCCCGAGGAGCUUCAGCGAUUACAAGAACAACAGCGCCAGCAAGCCCGACCUCCUCCGCCGCCUGUACAGCCUCAGGCGCAGCACCAGGCUCCAGCUAUGGCGCAACGCAAUGGACCACCGCCUACAGCCUCUGCUGCCGCACCGAACGCUGUUCACGAGCUCGCUGGGUACGAACGACCUGUCUCGAACGAUGCGCACGUCUACGAUGACGUUUCGCGCAAAGUGUGCGACUUCAUCUGGACCACCGCCGUGAACAACGAGAUCGUGCGCAAGGCUAUUUCGGAGUCACCAAACACACAACUAGAAGUCGAAGCGCGUUGGGGUCAAAUCAUCGACAAGCAUAGGGGUGUUAAUGGGGAGCGUCUGCAUGGCUUUCACGACACGGAAUGCGUGCUUCGGAGGAGUGACAAUCUGGACGUCAAGUUCGAGAGUACGAUGACGAUGGAGCAGCACAAGCGCAUGAACAUGUAUCUCAACGGCCAGGUUCAGCGAUCGGCACCCGCGUCGGGCAACAAACGACCGGAAGUCAAGUACGCGCACACUAAGGAAAUCGAUCAGUUCUAUGAGCUCGGCCAGGCAGGGUUCGACAAUCUACCUCCCACAGUGCGAAUGAUGAUUGCACAAUCAGGCAAGAAGGAGAGAGUCCGCGUGUCGAAAGAUGCAAAGACGGGCACUGUCCUCCGCAAGAUCAUCAAGCUGCGCGUCGCCAACCUCGAGAUCAGCUCCCCUCAGACCGAGUGGGAUUACCGUAUCGGCAUCAACCUCGAAAUCAACUACCCUGGAGCGAUCGAGGAAUUGGAACCCAGCAUCGAGAGUGGGAAGACCCUGCGGGACAUGCAGCGCCAGAAGGACCGCAUGUCGUACUCGUGGCUCGGCGCAUAUCAGGUGGAUCUGACGCAGGUGGUGCAAGGGCCGAGCAAGAACCACGAGCUCGAGCUGGAACUCGACUCGCCGGUGUUGCUGAACGAAGCAGACAAGGUGCGGAGGAAGGAGGUCAACAGCUUUGAGCCCUUGAUCAACGGCAUGCUGAACAACCUCCGGGUUCUGUCGCGAGAAAUCACGCCUCAGGGCCCGGCUUAG